GACCCGUCACCGACGCUUGCUUUGUUCUCAUCGUCUAACACAGCGAGGAAGCUAUGUAUCUUUGUCCCCUCCUCCUCUUGUCGGCUGCUCAGGAAGAGAUAAUUAAUGUGAUCGUGACCUGCGGGGAAGUCUCGGACCGCGCCUGAACCUAUCUACACCAACAACUUCCUCCGUGUGUGCAGUAAUACGGUCCGGACUCAAUGUCCUCCUGAGGCCUUUAUAAGUGCAGCGUCGUUUAUGGCGGAACCUACUACUUCCGCUCUUUAGUGUCUCUCGCCUUGAUGUCGAACUUUGCCAACACCACGCGCUUUGCUUCCAACCCGAUUGCUACCAAAGGGGACCUCAGCAAGUUCCUCAUCGGGCUUCUUGACCCGCUUGCGCAUCAUACCUCUCCUGGUGGCGCCCGCAUUCAUAUUGGAUUUACUGGUACUCACUAUGAUGAGGCAGCCGCUCAGCUGGAAGGCUUCUCGAGACCCAUCUGGGGUCUAGCAUCGCUCCUCGCUGGUGGCGGUACCUACGAAGGGACGGAGCGAUGGGUGAGAGGAUUCAACAACGGAACGAAUCCCGACUAUGAAGAAUUCUGGGGUAAUAUGAAGAAUAAAGAUCAGCGCAUGGUCGAGUGCUCUGCAAUUGGUUUCGCCCUUUCUGUGGCGAAACAGCAGCUUUGGGACGCGUUGGAGGAUAAUGGUAAACGCAACCUAGAGAACUGGCUUGGUGGUAUGAAUGACAAGGAAAUGCCCAACACCAACUGGCUGUGGUUCAGAGUAUUCUCUAAUCUCGGUCUUUCCAAGGUGGGCUCGCCGAAGUUUGAUGCGAAACGCAUGAAGGCGGAUCUCGAUCAUCUCGACACAUUCUACAUAGGCGAUGGCUGGUCAAGAGAUGGACCAGAGGGAGUUGUCCAAUUAGAUUAUUAUUCAUCUUCCUUCGCCAUCCAGUUUGCGCAGCUGGUGUACUCUAAAUUGGCACAGGCCGAGGAUCCUGAACGGUGUGAAGAAUUCAAGAAUCGUGCGCGUUUAUUUUCGCAGGAUUUCGUGCGUUACUUUGAUCCUGAAGGUCGUGCUAUUCCUUUUGGACGCAGUUUGACCUAUCGCUUUGCUAUGUCCUCAUUUUGGGGUGCAGUAGCGUUCGCAGACCUCGAAUUGCCCGCCCCAUUGACAUGGGGAGUUGUCAAAGGCUUGCAGCUACGCAACAUCCGGUACUGGGCCAAACAGCCUGGCGCAUACAAUACGGAUGGGACUUUGACCAUUGGAUACUGCUAUCCCAACCAGAGCAUGACAGAGAAUUAUAAUUCACCUGGCAGCCCUUACUGGUGCUGCAAAUCCUUCAUUACGUUGGCUCUUCCCGAGUCACACCCAUUCUGGGCUUCCCGGGAAGAGCCUUAUCCCCUCUCCUUGCUCAACACAGUCAAAUUCAUGCCGAAACCCUUACACAUUGCUUCCAAUCUCUCGGGGCAUACGUUCCUACUUUCAUCAGGUCAACAAUGUUCCUACCCAGUAAAGAACACUGCAGCCAAGUAUGGUAAAUUUGCGUAUUCAUCCGCAUUCGGGUACAGCGUCGCAGUCGGAAAUGGCACAUUGGAAGAAAUUGGCGGAGACAACGCUCUUGCUCUGAGCGACGAUGACGGCGAGACCUGGAAGUGCCGCAUUAAAACUAGAGAAGCCAGGAUUGAAGGGGGAGUAUGGCUUCGAUCGAUGUGGUAUCCAUGGAAGGAUGUCCAGGUUGAGACCUGGCUGAUUCCUCCUACUAAAGAGGCACCUUCAUGGCAUCUCCGUAUCCACAGGAUACGAACCGGCAGGAAACUCAUCUCGGCUGAGGGUGGAUUCGCCAUCUAUGGACAAGGUGUGAAUGACAGAGCGUUGGAACCUUCGACUGGUGAGACGUUUGGAACCCUGGAGAAUGAAGGAGAGGCCCGAGCCGCAAGCAAGGCUGGCGUUUCCGGUAUUGCUGAACUUGGUGGCAAGGAGUCGAGGAAAGGCAAGGCGUUGCGAACGGACGCGAAUACUAACCUCAUGGUUCCUAGGGCGGUACUUCCUACCCUCAUGGACGAACAUGCGGCGGACCCCGAGCAAGAUGUUUGGUUGGUAACGGGUGUGUUUGGACUGCCGAGUGCAGAUGGUGAGGAAAGUGCGAGAGCUGGCUGGGAGGAGGAAUGGAAGAAGAGACCUGCAGUGCCUGAGGAUCGGUUGCCUCACUCGUUCAUUAGUUCUCGUCGUACAUCUAGCGUGUAAAACAUUGUAUUCAUGAACAUGAGUGCAUGUAUGAAUGAAUAUAAGCGACCGUUAUCAUGC